CGGAGCGGACUCGGCACCCGCCUCUGGUGGGCCGACCUAGCGGCGGGCGGGGGGCUGCGGCGACGGGCCCGACAUGCUACUCCCAAGGAUACGCGUCCUGGGCGGCGCAGCCGGUUCGGUGCUCCGUUCAGCUGCUACCUGGACGUGCGAGGCAGGCCGAGCAAGCCGGGAAGCAGCAGGGUGGGAGCCUAGCGGGGCCCGCAGCUUCAGCAGCGCCGCAGUGGCUAUGGCCCCGAUCAAGGUGGGAGAUGGCAUCCCCUCGGUGGAGGUGUUUGAAGGGGAGCCUGGGAAGAAGGUGAACCUGGCAGACCUGUUCAAGGGCAAGAAAGGAGUCCUGUUUGGAGUGCCUGGGGCUUUCACGCCUGGCUGUUCUAAGACCCACCUGCCUGGGUUCGUGGAGCAAGCUGGGGCUCUGAAGGCCAAGGGAGUGCAGGUGUUGGCAUGUCUGAGUGUUAAUGACGUCUUUGUGACUCAAGAGUGGGGUCGAGCCCACCAGGCGGAAGGCAAGGUUCGGCUCCUGGCUGACCCCACUGGGGCCUUUGGGAAGGAGACAGGUUUAUUACUGGAUGAUUCUUUGGUGUCUCUCUUUGGGAAUCGCCGGCUGAAGAGGUUCUCCAUGGUGGUAGACAAUGGCAUAGUGAAGGCACUGAAUGUAGAGCCGGAUGGCACAGGCCUCACCUGCAGCCUGGCCCCCAACAUCCUCUCACAACUCUGAGGCCCUGACCAGAUGAAGAAGGUCCUCUGUCCUUCCCAUCUUCCCUGCUCAGCUCUAGGCUGAGAGGCCCAGCACCUUCUCACCUGGGGCCACUUAAAUGGAAUGUUGAUCAUAUUUCUGCAAUAAACAGUCUUGAUUUGUGUCUGC